AUUUUAAAAGUCAACCAUUUCUUUGUUGUACUUUGUUUUCUUACUUCCUCAUCAUGGUCAUGCGAGUGCUGGCACUCUGCGGUUUCACUCAGAACGCUCAUAUCUAUUCAAAGCAGUUAGGUGCGAUUCGGAAGACAUGCAAAGAGGUUGAAUUUGUUUUCUGCGAACCACCGGUGGUCGUGAAGAAAGCCGACAUGCCAUGGGCUCAGAGUACGGCGUCUUUCGGUUCAGACGCUACCACCGACGAAGAUGCUCAAACACCUGAGACGACACCUCGAGCAUGGUUCCUGUCCAGAGAUCGAUCAUCCCUCUUGGGUAUGUUUUCUCCUCUUCCAUAUUCUAGUCUAUCUGACUUUUCAGAAAUACCAGAAACGAUGGCUUACAUGCACGACUUUUUAGUCCGUCAUGGUCCCUUCGACGGUGCCAUGGGAUUUUCACAAGGAGGGUGCAUGGCUGCACUACUUGCUGCUUUACUCGAGAAACCCAAUCUUGACCCGAGUUGGCCGAGCGAACCCCGAAUUCCUCCCUUCAAAUUCAUCAUAUGCGUCGGUGGAUUUUUUCCCAACACCACCAACCCGAAUUUCUACCCUUGGUUCCCUCUACCGGCUCAUUUAUCAACACUUCAUGUGAUAGGAAAGAACGACGUCAUCGUUACUGAAGAAAGGAGUAGGGGUCUUAUUGCUCAAUGUGAAAAUGCUCGUGUGGAAUAUCACGAAGGUGGACAUUUCACACCCUCGAAGGCUUCCUGGAGGCAUUUCUUCAACGCUUACAUCAUGUCAUUCGUCCCCGGUGGAGAUCAAGGAGAUGUUCCACCUCCUUCAUCUUUCGGUCCAGGAGGAAAGAGCGGUAUCUCAACCCCUAUCCUUCCCGAAUGAAAAAUUGUCAUCAUCUCAUCACCAUUUCGCAAUUUUGCUGUGUACCGUACCUAGCUACAUAGGCUAGCUUGAAUAUCCGACUUGCGAUCAUCUUCAAUCUUCUCGAACAGAAAGGGAUUUCUUGCGGCUCGAGACAUGCGGCAUGCGGCAAGAGCGAAAAAUGAGGUACAAGGGGAAGGGGAAGGGGGGAGAUGUUGGGACACGGACGUUUUGAAUAGAUAAGACAAAGGAUCUAAAAUGUUUAGGUUAGAUUAUCAUUAUUUUAGACUACCAUCAUACAGUAAAAUGCAUAGAAAGAAUAAAAAAAUUC